GAAGGACCUGUUUAUAUUCAGCAUCAGGCAGCCAGCUGACACACACCUCUUCAUCAGUCACCCAGGAUGCACAGCAGUAUGAGACCCCUUCUCCACUUCGUGCUCUUCAUCGCCCUUGUGGGUCCAACUUCCAGCCUCCAGUGUUUCCAUUUUAAUGGCCUGCCAGACCACGCCCAUGAGGAACAGGUGAUGAAAACUUGUGAGAGCACUCACCAACACUGCUCCUCCUCACUUUUUACAUAUAGAGAUCUAUUGAACGGAGAGGUGUUGGUGAAGGGUUGUUCUACCGGGAAUACCUGCAACCAAACGCAGAGCGGCCCUGUGAAAUUCAUCCACACCAAGGAAACCGUCCUGUGCUGCGACACCGAAUUGUGCAAUGAACACUUGAUGCCAGAUCUAGGAGAGGAUCCACGGAUAGAGUGUCUGGCAUGUCAAGGAAAUCCCUCAUCUUGUGAUGGCAGCGGUCAUCCAAGCCUAAGAUGUGGCCCAUCCCAGAAAACCUGCAUUGAGGUCUCCAUCACCACUGCACUCAGUCAAGACAUCCAUCACACCAUGAUGAAGAGCUGUAGCAAUAGUUCAUCAUGUCCGGGACUCGCUGCUUUCAGUAACGGGCAAAAUCCGGUUUCGUAUUCUUGCAACCAUCGCUGCUGCAACGGCAGCCUGUGCAAUAAGGGAAACUUUAAAGUUGAAGAUCCUGGAAAGGAAAAUGGAUUGGAGUGCUACAGCCGAUCGUCUCCAGAAAAAGCCGGAACUAUGCGGUGUAGGGGGCCGAUGACGCAAUGUGUGGACUUGAUGGGCACAACGAAUUCCGGUAUACCAGUUAUGAGUGGAUGUGCCACCGAGGUCUUCUGUCAAGGGCUCUACCCAACGUUUCCCAUACCCGGAUGGACAAGAACUGUGUGCUGCACUGGGUCACACUGUAAUCAUGGCAAGAGCACCACUACCCAGGAUGGAAAACAUUAAAAGCACAAUAUACUCUGCUCAUUGAGAAUCAAUGAAGAUCCCAAACAGGGCUGAUUUAAAUUACAAGUGGGCACCGGGCCAGUGACCCCACCUGCGAGCCCCCAAUGCCUUUUACAAGCAAGCAUCGAUUGCUUGCACAUUAUAAUAAGCUUGUAUUAAGCUUCCUCAAAAAACAGAAAGAAUAAAGAAAUCAUUUUAUAUUCACAGAA